AUGGCCUCUAGGAAACUAAGACCCUACUUCCAAGCUCACACUAUCCACAUGCUGACAAACUUUCCCCUAAGGCAAGUGCUCCAAAAGCCUGAUGCCUCAGGAAGAUUAUUGAAGUGGGCAGUGGAGCUAAGCAAAUUUGACCUCAUGUUUAAGGCUAGGGCAGCCAUCAAGGGUCAGGCCUUGGCUGACUUUGUGGCAGAAUUCACCAACUUACCCAACGUGGAUGAAAUCAGGGAACCCGCUGAGCCUCCUACAUGGGACUUAUUCGUAGAUGGGUCGGCUGGAAACGCCGGCUCAGGUGCUGGAGUGGUCCUCAUCAACCCUGAAGGUCACAAGCUAAACUCAGCGGUGAGGUUCGAGUUCAAGGCCACCAACAAUGUAGUAGAAUAUGAGGCCCUACUUGCAGGCCUCAGGUUGGCCAAGGAAAUGCAAGUAAAGAGGCUCCUCAUAAGUAGUGACUCCCAGCUGGUCGUUAGCCAAGUAAAUGGUAACUUCUCAGCCAAGGACAAAACAGUGGCCUCCUACCUGAAAAUGGUGAUGAACCUCAUUCCAUCAUUUGAAAAAUUGGAACUAAUCCAGAUCCCCCACAUCGAAAAUUCUCAUGCGGAUGCACUCUCCAAGCUCCCUAGUAGCAAGGAUUCAGAACUACUCGCAGUAGUACCUAUAGAGUACCUCCUCCUACCAUCGAUCGAGGCCCCCAAUGUCAUGUGGGUCGCUGGGACCCCUACCUGGAUGCAGCCAAUCGUAGCAUACCUUAAAGACCAGGUACUUCCCACUGACAAGCUUGAGGCCUACAAGCUAAGGAGGAGCUUCUCCUCUCCACUCUUACGGUGCGUCAUAGGAGAAGAGGCUAACUACAUAUUAAGAGAAGUCCAUGAGGGCGUGUGCGGCAAUCACUCUGGAGGUCUAUCUUUAGCACAAAAAUUAUUGAGGCAGGGACAACCGUCGCAGGAUUUGACUGCGGUCUCCAGCCCUUGGCCUUUCUCAAAGUGGGGUGUGGACCUCAUAGGUCCUCUAGCUAAAGGUAGAGGAGGUGUGAGCUUCGCAAUUGUGGCCAUCGAUUACUUUACAAAAUGGGUUGAGGUCGAACCACUUGCAAAAAUUACAGAGGCAAACACUUCCAAGUUCUUAUGGAAGAAUAUUAUAUGCCGGUUCGGGAUCCCCUAUUUGAUCGUCUCAAAUAAUGGCAGACAAUUCGACAACAAGAAGGUCAGAGAACUAUGCAAGAAACUUGGCAUCAAAAAAUAUUUCUCCACACCUCACCACCACAAGCAAAUAGCCAAGUUGAGGCUGUCAACAAAACAAUCAAACAUGUCCUGA